CGCCCGGCAAAUAAAGGCCGUCUGGCUCCAAGCUUAAAUAUUGCAGCAAACUAAAAACCAACCAUCAGAGCCGAUUCAUUCACAUCUGCUCAGUGGGGCGACAAGGACAGGGCUUUAGGUGGGAAAGAGGGCAGAAAAAAGUUCACUUUUCCCUGCUGGGUGCCAAGAGAACGGGACAGGACUCAACUUCGCCGGAGCCGCAGCUGUGUGCUACGGACCGAUCAUGGGUGACUGGAGCUUUCUGGGUAAUAUUUUAGAGGAAGUCAACGAGCACUCUACGGUGAUCGGCCGGGUGUGGCUCACGGUGCUCUUCAUCUUUCGCAUCCUCAUCCUGGGCACAGCAGCAGAGUUUGUGUGGGGCGACGAGCAGUCUGAUUAUGUGUGCAACACACAGCAGCCUGGAUGUGAGAAUGUGUGCUACGACGAGGCCUUCCCCAUCUCCCACAUCCGCCUGUGGGUGCUGCAAAUCAUCUUUGUGUCCACGCCGUCUCUGGUGUACGUGGGUCACGCUGUCCACCAUGUCCACAUGGAGGAGAAACGCAAAGAGCGGGAGGAGGCAGAACUUAGCCGGCAACAGGAGCUGAGUGAGGAGCGUCUUCCUCUGGCACCUGACCAGGGAAGCGUCCGCACCACUAAGGAGACCAGUACGAAAGGAAGCAAGAAGUUCAGGCUGGAGGGCACCCUGUUGAGGACCUACAUCUGCCACAUCAUCUUCAAGACACUGUUUGAAGUGGGCUUUGUGGUGGGCCAGUACUUUCUGUAUGGCUUCCGCAUCUUGCCGUUGUAUAAAUGCAGCCGCUGGCCCUGCCCCAACACGGUGGACUGCUUUGUGUCUCGCCCCACGGAGAAGACUGUCUUUAUCAUCUUCAUGUUGGCUGUGGCCUGUGUCUCACUGUUCCUAAACUUUGUGGAGAUCAGUCACUUGGGCCUGAAGAAGAUUCGCUUUGUCUUUCGAAAGCCAGCCCCUGCUCCGGGGCCUUCCCAAGGCGAGGGGUUGGCCCCCCUGCCGCCACAAGGGAAGAGCCUGCCCCCCCUGGCUGUUCCCUCUCUGCAGAGAGCAAAAGGUUACAGGCUGCUGGAGGAGGAGAAAGCUCCCCCCAUGACUCACCUCUACCCACUGGCUGAGGUGGGCAUGGAGGCUGGCAGAGGGGCCCCACCCUUCCAGGGGUUGGAGGAGAAAGCGGAGGAAGUGCUGCCCAUGGAGGACAUCUCUAAGGUGUAUGACGAGACUCUGCCCUCCUACGCCCAGACCACUGAGACAGGAGGGGUGACAUUACACGAGGAAGAGGCUGAGGAGGUACAGCCGCCAGAGGCGGAAGCAGAGAGGGUGGAUCUGGCUGCAGAAGAGGACAUCGAGGUAGAGGAGGCGGUGAAUGGGGAGGGGGCAACUCCAGCAGAGGCAGGAACGGAAGCUGCGGAAACGAUAGAAGACAACAGGCCGCUGAGCCGACUGAGCAAAGCCAGCAGCAGGGCCAGUUAGGCACCGACUUUCAUUCCAUUCAGGCACCACAUACUGCAAAUGCAGCAUGUUGCUGCAAGCCUUGCCAGUGCUAUGGAAGACUUUUCAAGAUAUUUGGGCAUCAACUGGACCUUGACUCUGAUAUGGUGCUUCUUCUAUAUUUUCUUGCAAGCAGAAACACACAGGAUCUCACAGACAGCUGGGAGCACAGUGACCCUGAACUGCAGCAAUGACUCAAUUAGCAACUUAACUCAACUGGCGUGGAAAAUGAAUGGGGAGAUUCUGUUCACUAUCAGGACAGACAAAACCUUAAACAGCAGCUCAAAUGACUCAAAGGUCAGAUUUGUAACGUCCUCUAAAGCUGAGAGCCUGAAGCUGAACAUGUCCAUGUUAAAGAGCCAACUAUAUGCAUUAACCAUAACGAGAGCCCAGAGGUGGCACACGGGAAACUAUACUUGUGAAUUCUCCGCAUCAAAGGGAGUCGGGGAAAAGAAAUGGGAGCUCGUAAUUACAGAGGAUGCUGAAGCAGGAAAUCAAUCGAAAAUCCCACUUGCCAUAGCCGUUAUUGUACCUUGUACAUGUUUCCUGAUCUUUCUAAUUACUAUUGUGAUCAUUCAGAGAAAAGUCUGCAAACGACGUUCACGCUCUCGUUCUCCCGCUUCAAUAAUGGAGCAGAAAGAAGAUAUUUAUGAAAACUGCCUGGAACUUGAAAAUCGCCGACGUAGUCAAAUUCAGGUUCAACCUUACAAAUACAGAGUUCAAUGAUAUGGACCACACAAAAGACUCAACUUUUUAUAGCAACAGAUUUAAACAGCUUUCUUACAUGUAAUUUAAUAAUAAAAACAAAUAUAAAAUGUA